AUGGGUGUAUCAGGAUUGAUUAUUGGUCCUGGCUGUGUCGAAAUGACCAGCCUCGGGUUCGAAUCCCAUUCGGCUGAGGUGCAUGGGCCUCGACUACCGUUUAGACUUCGCCUGGCUUUCAUCACUAUCCCCAACUGGAAUCGAACCCGAGACGCAUUCGAAGACUUAUGUUCGUCAGUGCACUUGACUACACUACUUGUACACUUCUCCGCCACCUUUUGCGGCCUGGAGUAA